AUGCCACUCAGUCGUUGGGGCUGCCCUGAUAGAUUGAUGUGGCAUUUUCACAAGCAAGGAGUUUACACGGUACGGUCUGGAUAUGGUCUUGCGUUGUAUUUGAAACGAAAUGGGGAAUUAGGCUUUAAAGGGGAUGGGGAAGGCAGCAGGCAGUCCAAUCAGGCUGCUGUUUGGAAAGGAAUCUAG